AUGACCAAUCUGCUUGUCCUGAGAAAAUACGAGAGGAUGUUGCAGCUAAGAAGAAUCCAAGCCUCAACAUCACAUGCUAAGAUAGUAUAUAAAGGGAAUAGUAGAGAGGUUCUGGCAGAUGUAGACAAUGAGGCUGAUCUCAACUCUACGAAGCUCUGGGCAAGUAAAAAGACUCAAUCUGACCCUACCUUAGGACAGCAUAUGGGGAAGGCGAAGCAGAAAUGGGUUGUUGUAGAGGAGGAGGAAGCUCCAAACGCACAGGCGAAUCCAUAUGUACUCCGAGACCAGGGAGUAAGGGUAAAGGCAAAGAGGAAACCUGCACCAGGCAAGAGCAGUCAGACUUGA